AUGGGCAACAUCCCUGUCUUGCAGAUGAAGAAAGGAGCCCAGAGAGGGCAAGAAACGUCCCCAGGGCUGCACAGCAGGAUCCAGGCUGAACAAGAGGGCCACAGUGGGGUCUGUGCCUGCCUUCCACGGCCUGCUGCUCUCGGUCCUCUGAGUCCUUCCUCCUCAACUGACCCACAGCCCCUGCCCCCACCCCUGCCCAAGAAGACCCUGACCAGGGCCCCGUCCCUGCCCACCCACAGGGCUGCCAGCCCCAUCCCUACUCCAGCAGGGCAGCUCCUGGAGGGCCAUGGGCCCCUGCCACCAGGCCACAGCUUCCACCUCCUGGACAGUUCAGCCUCUGUGAAGAGCAAGGAUACCCUCUGCUACCGCAUGGUGCGGGUGGCCUGGUAUGUCCCGGUCACCAAGGUGAGCCCCACCGCUGUCCCUCCUCCUGGAAAGGCUUCCCAACCUUCCGUCUUAGGCACAACCCCCACCUGCACUUUGGGCUUAAUUACUUAUUUUGCAAGUGAUGUGAAUUACUCCUACUGGAGGGCUCCUCAGUCAGGCCCUAAUGACCCCCUCUGCCCCGCAGGUGCGCAAGCCCGGAGCCCAGGAGCCCCACCUCAGGCUCUGGAACUUCAGGCCUCGCUGCUGAGGAGCACUUCAGCCUCCAGGGGCUGUGUGGUCUGGUGCCAGAGAGCACAGCUGAACUCGGCCCUGGAGCACCUGGAGGCCCCAGGAUCGUUCCUGGUGGAGCUGGGCCCAAAGAACCUGCUGCUGGUGGAGCCAUGGGACUAUUCAGCCUCCAGGGCCUUGUGCCUGCUGCCUUGGAACUUUGGCCUCAUCUGCUCAUGGCCACUGGAAACCCUGAGCGCCCAUGAACCUCAGCUGGGCUGCCUGCUCAGCUUGGUUCUUGGCUCUGUGCCCUUGGCCACACCUUGGCUCCUGGCUGCCCAGCUGGCCGGUGUGAAACCCUCUGCGGCCCUGACUUGCUUCGCACUGCAGGCACUGCUCUGGGGACCUGGACCUCGCUGGGCCGCACCCUGUUGCUACUGUGGGACUGACCCUAUGGGAGAGACAUGUCUGUUCCAGGGCCUCUACAAGAGGUAGGUACUCCUUCCACAGCUGGGAUUGUUAGCGGUGUCUCCACAAUAGGUAGACGCCCCCUUCCAGAAAAGGCCAGACAGCUAGUGGAGUGCAGAGAUGUGGACACCCUUCCUCCAAUGCCUGCUCCCUUCCUUUGUUGGGGACUUAGGCCCAAGGCCUCCCCAAGAAGGCAGGUGG